AUCUGAGGAGAAACACAAGCAGGCGAUGGAGUCCAUUGAACAGAUGCAGAAGCAGGAUGCUGACCUGAAGUCCGAGGUGGACACACUGAAAGACACAGUGCAGGAGUUGGGCCACCUGCUCACUGAAAAACACAUAGAGUGCACUGACACAGCAAUGUUGUAUGAGACAGAGAAAAAACUUCGCAAGCAUGUGCAGUCCGAGUACAAACAGAAGGAGGAGAAGUUUAAUCAGGAAACCAGCUCUCUGAGGGUCGCUCUGAAUGAAGCCGAAAGGAAAUACGAGCAGGUGAUGGAGUCCAAUGAGCAGCUGGAGAUCAAGAACUCCAAACUGUGGUCCGAUAUGAGGUUAAUGCAAGAUGCCAUGCUGGAGCUGGAUGUAGAGCUCUCUCUGACCCGGAUACGCUAUAAUGAACUGAAGAUGGAGUGUGAGUUAAAGAAACGUGAGUUGAACAACUUGCAGUCCAAGCAGAAUGAGAUGGAGGAAACAUCACUGAAGGAGUGUGAGAGAGAGAAGGAGGCUCACAGUGUCCUGAAGUUCGAUCAGAUGACUUCAACACAUCACGAGGAGUUACUACACGCCAUUCAGGCUAAAGCUACAGGGCUUCACAGGGAAGUGACGGAAGGUGACCUGAAGAGGGAUGAGGAUGAGUUGAACAAACUGCGAGAGACAGUGCAGCAGCUGGAGAGAGAGCUCUCUGAGUCAUGCAGGAAAUGUGAAGAGAUAAAAAGAGAGUAUGAGAGAGAGAAGGAACAUCACAGUGUGCUGAAGUGUGAUCAGAUGUCUUCAACACACCUCAUGGAGUUACUACAGGUGUCUCAGGCUGAAGCUGAGGAGAAAUUUGAGUACAUUGCUCAGCUGGAAAAUGAGAACUCUGACCUGAAGUCCCAGGUGAAGACAUUGCAAGACUCACUGCAGGGGCUGAGCUGUCUGCUCGCUGAGACGCGCAAGAAGUGUGAAAAGGAAAAAGAGAAGCAUACAGCAACGAAGGGCAUCCUUCAGUCCGUGCAGACCAGGACCAGAAAACGGGAGAGAUUUUUAAUUCAGAAAAGAAAAGCCAUUCAGGAAUCUCUGGCUGAACUUGAAAGAAAUUAUACGGCGGCAAUGGAGAGAAAUACUCAGCUGGAGAAUGAUAAUUUUAACUUUAUUACUGAAGUGCACUUAAUGAGUGAACAACUGCACGAAAUGAGAGAAGAACUCUCUGCGACCCAGAGGCUGUUAGAGCAGACAUCGUCGGGGCUACAGCUAAAAACUCACCGGCUCAGUCAGAUAGAAUCCACCUGGAAAUGUUUUAGUGAAACUGUGAUGAAGGAUCAUGAGGCUGAGUGUCUCGCUCACGGAGUCCUGAAGGGGCAGUACAGUGAAUUGAAGCAACAACACGACAAGUUGCAAGAGGAAAAUGAGCGCUUGAGGGAGGAGUGUGAAAAAUUAAAACAACGCCAUGGGUCACAAAUGACCCAGCAGCUGGAGCAAGAGCUCACCACGAUGCGGAGGAAGUAUAAUAAGAUAAAGAGGGAGAGGAAGAGAGAGCAGGAGGAUUACAAUCUCCUGAAGGUGCGGUGCCAACAGAUGGAGGAAACUUUACAAGAGUGUGAAAAGUUACUAAAGAUCCACUCCACAGAUCUUGGAUCCAAAGACAGUUCCCUGUAGCACAAGUAACUGUCGAGGGCCGUGUUUAACACCUGGAUAAACAAAGUCAUAUGAUGAUGGUGUAAUAGUACUUACUAUAAACUAUUAAUGUGGGUG